AUGACGAACUCAGACAGCACCAGCGAACAACGACUGGACACAUUCGACCUCACCUCACGUUUAAUCCCUCAACUCGAUCGCCAUCUGGUCUUACCCCUGCUCGAAUUUCUCGAUUCAAAUGGAAUCUAUCCGCACCAACAACUGCUCCAGGCGAAAUACGAUGCACUGAAAGAAACAAACAUGAUCACCUAUCUUACCGGCCUUCACCGUGAACUUUACGACUUAGAUGACCAGGCUCCAGUCCCUCAAGAAUUCUCUCAGAAAGAGGAACAAGUAAUGAACAAAUUGGACACACUGCAGGAAUCCGUCGAUCAAAUCAUGUCAGUCAUCUCUGCCCCCGAAGUAGUCGCUGCCCUCCGACAGGACAAGGCCCAGAACUUAGCCUACCUCGAAAAAGAGCACAACGUUACCCUAUCCCAGAUCGCAGUCUUGUACCAGUACGGACAUUAUAACUACACCAUCGGGAACUACGGGGGCUCUUCCGAUUACCUUUACCAUUUCCGAGUACUUUCGACCGAUAACGAACUCGUUCUCUCUUCAUUAUGGGGCAAACUAGCAUCGGACAUCUUGGAAGGUUCGUUUGAUGCCGCCUUGGAAGAGCUCAACCGUUUGAAGGAGCAACUCGAUCAACGCACCGGGUAUGGGAACCCACUCCAAUCCUUACAGCAGCGAACCUGGUGGUUGCAUUGGAGCCUGUUCGUCUACUUCAACCACGACAAGGGACGGAGUUCUUUAGUCGACGCAUGGCUUGGCCAGGGGUACCUGAACACCAUCCAAACGAGCUGUCCCUACCUCCUACGAUACUUGGUCGUCGCCCUUGUCGUCUCCAAGCGAGCUGGUUCGGGAUCGCUCAAAGGACCAAGCUCCUCACGCGGCUCACGAGAGACGAUCAAAGAGGUCUUACGGGCGGUUAGCCAAGAAGCCUACCAAUAUUCCGAUCCGAUCACCGAGUUCCUCCUCAACCUUUACGUUAAGGUUGACUUUGAGGCCGCUCAGAAGGCACUCAAGCAGUCCGAGAAGGUCUUCAACGUCGACUUCUUCCUCUCCGAGGAGAUGAACCCCUGGGUCGAGAACUGUCGGAUCAUGAUCUCUGAGACGUAUUGCCGCGUCCACCAUCGGAUUGAUAUCGCUGACCUUGCCAGUCGCUUGGGCCUUAACGAUGACGGCGACGGCCAUCACGAGGAGGGGGAGAAAUGGAUUGUAAACCUCGUCCGAGACGCCCGUUUAGACGCCAAGAUUGACUUCAAAGAGAUGAACCAUCCGGCAUCCUCGGUUUACCAAACCGUCAUCGAACGCGCGAAGCGAAUCACUGCGAUUUCGCAAGAUCAGACCUACAAGCUGGGCGCGCUCGCAUUGGCCCAACAAGACGGACAAUCAACCGAUGCCACUGCUGGGUUUUUGCUCGGAGUGAGCAGCGUUUUUUUAUCUCGUUUCGAUGAUGCCCCUUCAAUCCUAGUGACAACGCCCGCGGGCAUUGCACCCCUUAAAGUUACACCGCAUGGUCGUGCCUACGGUCGCCAAGCAACUUCUGAGACAAGAGUCGAAAAGGAACACUGGAUCAACAAUCGCUGA